UCUUUUACUGCGCAUGCCUACUGACAUGAAAUAGGGACUUUGCCGUGGAGUCGCUGUCCGCCAUUUCAGUGAUCAAAAAAACUACUGCGUUAUUUCACAUCAAAUGUCUUCUGUUGAAGAUAGUCAGUCACCACAACAUUCUUCCGCCGAGAGUUUGAAGGAGAAUUUUGUGGGAGACAACCAAACCAAAAUGAAUGGAUUAAGUGAAGACUCUGUAGGUUCAGCCUCUGAAACUUCUGGAUGGGCUAAGCAAGAGAAUGGACCUAGUCAAAAUGGGUUGGAAUACCACAAUAAUAAUACAUCAAGUCAUAAACAUGGGGAUGGUCAUCACCAUUCCAGCUCUGGUAAAUCAAGUAGCUCUGAUAAAGAAAAAACUAGCUCGUCCAAGCACAAGGAUGGAAGCUCAUCUAAACAUAGCUCAAGUAGCAAGCACAGCUCUAGUUCUUCCUCUUCUAAACACAAGGAAGGACACAGCUCCUCGUCAUCCUCAUCUAAACAUCGUGAUGGUAGCAGUUCAAAACACAGCAGUUCCUCUAGCUCAUCUAAACACAAAGAAGGUGGCAGCUCAUCAUCUCACAAGGAAAGCUCUUCGGUUCACAAAGAUAAAAGCAGCAGUAGCAGUAGCAAGUCCAAGGAUGGUACAUCUUCAUCAUCUGAUAAACAUAGCAGCAAGCCUAAAGAAAGUAGCAGUUCCAAAAAUAAAGAAAGUCAUAGUAGCAGUAAAGACAGUCACACCAGCAGCAGCAAAGCAAAGGAAGGGAGCAGUUCCAGCAAAGACAAAAGUAGCCACUCCUCAUCUUCUGACAAGCACAGAGACAAGAGUAAAGAUUUGAGCUCAAGCAGUAAAGACAAGCACAAAUCAUUAUCAUCUUCAUCCUCCUCAUCUAAACACAAGUCCUCAGAUGGAGACAAACACAAAUCAUCAUCUAAAAGUGGUGAGGAUAGCAGUAAACAUUCCCAUUCGUCCAAGUCAAAAGAUGUCAAGCCUAGUGUUGAAGAGAACAAGGUAGUGGUCAAGUCUGAACCCAUCGAUGGUACUAGCAAAAAUUUCACUGUGAACAACCAUAGCUCUCCUGUUAAGAAGGAGUUUGACUCUCCAGUGAAGAUAGAAAAGGUUUCUCCAGUAAAGAUGGAAGUUGAUCAAGAUGAAAGUGAUGAUGAAGAUGAUAAACCUUUGUCUGCGCGCAAGAGGUCCACUACAUUAAAAAGACCUAAAGAAGAGUCAGAUUAUGAAGAUGAUAGACAAGAUGACGAUGAAGAAGAUGAAGACAGUGAUGUUCCACUAUCUGCACGGGCAGGUAAAGCUAAAAAACUUAAGCUAGACAAGAAAACUGUGAAAAAAACUAUCAAAGAUACACAGGCUAAGAAAAAGAAAGCAACUAAAGAUAUUAAAGAAGAAAACAUUGAGCCAGUUACAAAGAGAAAAAAGAAAGGUACAGAAGAGGAGCAGGAGGUUUGGAAAUGGUGGGAAGAAAAGAGAGAAGACACUGGUGUCAAGUGGACAUUCCUGGAACAUAAAGGACCUCUGUUUGCUCCAAAAUAUGACCCUUUACCUAAAAAUGUCAGAUUUUAUUAUGAUGGUAAACCUAUGCAACUUGCUCCAGAAACGGAAGAGGUUGCUACUUUUUAUGGACGCAUGCUUGACCAUGACUACACCACUCGUGACGUUUUUAACAAAAACUUCAUGAAAGACUGGAGAAAAGUUAUGACUAAAGAAGAACAAGCUAUUAUUACAGACAUAAAGAAAUGCAAUUUUCAUGAGAUUUUGGAUUAUUUCAAAAAGAAAUCGGAGGAAAGAAAGGCCAUGUCUAAAGAAGAAAAGCAGAAAAUAAAAAAAGAAAAUGAGGAGAUAACAAAAGAGUAUGGCUUCUGUAUCAUUGAUCAUCACAAAGAGAAAAUUGGAAACUUCAGAAUUGAACCUCCAGGCUUGUUUAGGGGCCGUGGAGAUCAUCCCAAACAAGGCAUGUUAAAGAGGAGAAUAAACCCUGAGGAUGUUGUCAUUAACUGUAGCAAAGACUCCAAAAUCCCAGUUCCUCCAGCCGGUCACAAAUGGAAGGAAGUCCGACAUGAUAACACAGUGACUUGGUUAGCAAGCUGGACAGAGAGUAUACAGGGCUCCACUAAAUAUGUUAUGUUGAAUGCAGCAUCCAAGCUAAAGGGUGAAAAAGACUGGCAGAAAUAUGAGACUGCUCGUAAACUUCACAAAUGUGUGGACAAAAUACGUGCCAACUACCAGGAGGAUUGGAAAUCUAAAGAAAUGAGAGUGCGACAACGUGCUGUUGCUCUAUAUUUCAUUGAUAAGCUGGCACUGAGAGCAGGUAACGAAAAAGAGGAGGGCGAGACAGCAGACACAGUGGGUUGCUGUUCACUCAGAGUGGAACAUAUAACACUGCACAAUGAAAAAGAUGGCAAGCAGUAUGUGGUUGAGUUUGAUUUCCUAGGUAAAGAUUCCAUUCGUUAUCAGAAUGCUAUUCCAGUAGAGAAAAGAGUGUUCAAGAACUUGGAGCUGUUUAUGGAAAACAAACAACCUGAGGAUGAUUUGUUUGACAGAUUAAAUACUACCAUUCUCAAUAAACAUCUCCAAGACUUGAUGGAAGGACUGACUGCUAAAGUAUUCCGUACCUAUAAUGCCUCUAAGACCCUGUCUGAACAGCUAGAGCUAUUGACAAAUCCCAGUGACUCUGUAGCAGCCAAGAUGCUAACCUACAAUCGAGCAAAUAGGGCAGUGGCCAUUCUUUGUAACCAUCAACGUGCUGUCCCCAAGACUUUUGAAAAAUCAAUGGAGAACUUGAUGAAGAAGAUUGACGCCAAAAAAGCAGAAAUUAAGCAGGUGAAGAAAGAAAUCAAGGGGAUCAAGGCUGAUUAUAAGAGAGAGAAAACUAUGAAGACAAAAACACUGUAUGAGAAUAAAAAGAAAACUUUGGCGCGGCUUGAAGAACAGUUGACUAAAUUAGAAGUACAGGCAACUGACAAGGAUGAAAACAAGGAGAUUGCUUUGGGAACAUCAAAAUUGAAUUAUUUGGAUCCCAGAAUUUCAGUUGCUUGGUGCAAGAAGUUUGGUGUCCCCAUUGAGAAGGUGUACAACAAGACAAUGAGAGACAAGUUUAAGUGGGCCAUUGACAUGGCUACAGAACAGUUUAAGUUUUGAUGCAGUUUGAAGGAAUAGUCUCUUGUUUCAUUAGGCCAGAUCUAUUGUUUUAAACUUUGAACAAUACUUUUAAUUUGCAUUAAUGCCAUGUCAUUGAGAUUAAGAAUGUUAAUCUACAUGUAACAGCAGUGACUGAAGUGCAAUUGACAGUUUUGCUAUUCCGCCUUCCCCUUACUGCCAAAUACAUGACUUGAGCUACCAAACAUUUUUUUACUGCACUUGAACUAAAAUCUCAAUCAGAAAAUAAGUGAUAUUAUAAGUAGCAUUGAUCUUUUUUGUUUGUUUAGUUGAAUGAAAUCAUAUCACAUUUGUUUGUCUUCACCAUCGCUGCAUUCCUCUGUACUAUUUUGUGCAUGUAAAAUUAAGUAGACAUAUUUUUGUUCAGCAUUUGUUUUCAACAUGAUGUACAGUAAAUACUGAGUGACCAGGCACAGAAGAUGAAUUUCAUUGUUCAUUUAACCUUCUACAUACAACAAACACUUUUGAAUGAUAUAUAUUUAUAUAUCUUUGUACAAAUCUUAAACCUACAGUUCCACAAUUGAAUAUCUAGCCACAUUUUUUAAAAUUAUUAUAUAACAAUUCUAUUCCAAAUAGCUAGUAUUUGUUUAUAAAAAAAUAAUGCUCAAUAAGUUCUUGUCAAAGUGAUCAGAAUUGACAAGGCUGUUACUAAAACCCCCGUGUGGAGUCUAUAGAUAAGAUGAGUACGGUUGUGAGUAGUUGGUAGUAUAGAAACAUAUUAUACAUAAUCUAAUAUAGGGCUUGUUUUAUUGAUGAUUUAUUAAUUUAUAUAGAAAGCAGUAUUAGACUUGUCAUAACAAACUAUUUAUAAAUGUAGAUCAAUUUAUUUAUUGAAAACAUUAUACUGAAUGGGAAAAAACCUCAACACGAGCCUCAAUGUUAUUUAAAGAGAGUUAUAUAUUUUUUUAAUGUUCGUACUGAAUCAAAUCAGUAUUUUAUUGUUUUUGUCAAUGAAUUGAAUAUUUUACUAAAUGUUGCCUGCUUUUUUUUUUUUUAACUACCAUCAUGUCUACAUUUUUUUUCCUCGUGAAACCCUGCUUGUGGAAGUUUAGAAUUAUUUUUUUUUUAUUUUGUUAUUUAGGAGUCAAUAUAAUUGUAAAACCAUUUCAUCUUUGUCUCUUAACUUGACUGCAUAUUGUAUAUUAAAAUUUUUAAGAGAUUGUCAUAUUUCUGAACAGUGGAUGCAGUUACACUGAGAGUUAUGCAACUAGAAAUGAAAUGCCUUUCAAGUUUUAAAUUUCACUGUCACUUUUUUUUCCCCAGUAACCAGUCUGUGUUAGCAUUAGAUUUUCAUUUGUGUGAGUGUGUAAAGUCUGUGUUAGAUGUUUACUUGUGUGUAUAAAGAAUGAUGUUGAUAUGCAGCUAUACACAUUUUUUUUAAUGUCUCAAAUCAGCAGUUUUUAAUUGAACGUCUGUGUGGUAUAUUGUUUUAUGAUAAAAUGUAAAUAAAAAAAAACAUGGAACUUGUAACCUGUUAUGUUGACAUUAUAUAUUGGCAGGAAUUAAUGCUUUGAAGAUGAGUAUAUGAGAGUAUUGAGUCUACAAGUAGUCACAAGUGAUGGGUUUAGCAUGACACACAAGUUUUGUUUGUCUAGUUUUACUGCAGACAAUAGUGGAAAGACUUUGGCUAAAAGAACAAGUCAUGGACUUAAGAUAUAAGUACGAGUUCUAGUACUGACACAUUUGUGUUCUUUCCCUAAGUAUUAUGUGGAUACUUGUAGCUUUUUUUCCCCAAUCCUUUGGUAUCGUCAUGUUUAUUGCAGCUGGGACAGUACAUGAGAUACACUCAAAGUGUUCAUUUAGUCACAUUUUGUUUUAGAUAUAUUUACUGUUUUUGGAGGACUUCGAAGGUUUAACUCAAAGUUGUCACUGUUAGCUGGCCUAACUUGCAGAGGUGCCACUGUUAGCUGGCCUAACUUGCAGAGGUGCCACUGUUAGCUGGCCUAACUUGCAGAAGUGCCACUGUUAGCUGGCCUAACUUGCAGAGGUGCCACUGAUAGCUGGUCCAACUUGCAGAGGUGCCACUGUUAGCUGGCCCAACUUUCAGAGGUAUCACUGUCAGUUUGCAUAACCAGUUGUCCCAAUAUGAUAAUUCUUUUAUCAAGUAGCUGACUACAAUUGUUGUACACCUUUGUUAGUUAUAUAGGUCAGGUAAAUUUUAAAAUCAACAUCUCCAGUAAUCAUGUUGAUCUUUGUAUGGUACCGCGAGUUAGGUCAUGUGAAACUGAACUCUUUAGCUCUGAAAAUGUCUUUGGUUAGUAAAAGUUAUUUGACCUCUCUCCAUCCUAGACGUCUAGACUGAGGGAUCCUGUUUUGUUUCCACUUUGUCACACAAGUGCAUCCUUAACCACAUCACUAUGUUCAACAUGUAUGACAGUUAAUAUAAAUACUUCCAAAUGUCCAUGUUGGCCAUUAAAGAUAUUGGGCAACUUGUUUCUGAUCUAGGCCCCAACCUGAGAGUCAUGUUCUACAAGACAACUAUCUUAAUGAUGGGACUUUAUGUGAAUCCAUUCCCAACAAUAUGGGACACAACUGGUUUCUUUAAUGACAACUUGUGAACAAGAUGUUCUGUUCAUUGAAAAAAAUCAUUUUAAAAUGUCAUAAUCGAUGUCUCCUUAUUAUCUUUUUAAACAAUUCUAUUCUACGUGACACUUGUACCAACACACUGAUUGUAUGAAACUUCUGUUAGUAGAACAUCUCGUAUGUAUGCUAUGAUUAAAACACUUUAGUUUGGUCCUGUUGGUGAGACUGGAUGAUGCCAAUACAAAUGUGCUUAAAGAAUUUUGUCUUGUAUUCAAAUGGAGAUUAAAAAGUGACAAAUAAUGAA